UUUUACAGAAAAGCAGACAUGGUACACUGAAGGCCUUUGGAAAUGCAUAUUGGCAGUAAGAUGGAAGUAUAAAUCUUGAGACUUAGAACCAGAAAUGGCUCAAGAGUGUUGAGACGGGACACGGAAGAGCCUCCAAUGCUUGUCAGUGUAAGCAGUGGAAAAGGGACAACUACCAUGGUAACACUAAUAACAGAAAAGCUGCAGAACCAGAGCUUGGAUGACCUGACGUGUAAAACAUACAAUAUUAAUCUGUACUCAUCUGAGAAGCUGAACAAAAGUGGCAGCUUGUUCCCUUUUGAAAUCAAUGAAGAGAGUCCUUGGAAAGCUUUAAAUGGGGGUUGUCCAAUCCGAGCUGAAGUGACCAAGCAUUCAGCUUACCCUUUCCCAGUGUGUCCGUUUAGUACUACAACUAAUGUGGGUCUACAAUGGCAGCAGGAAUCUUCCAGCACAUCAAUGGUGUCAGGCUGGAUAAGUGAAUUAAACCUUAAUGAGAACUCGGGGCAGCCCUUAGCACCACCAACCAAGCGCCACUGCAGGUCACUCUCUGAGCCAGAUGAGUUGGCCCGCUGUCGGUCACCGUGGAAGCCUGGCAGUUCAAAGGUCUGGACUCCUGUAUCAAAGAGACGGUGCAACAGUGGUGGUAGUGCCACUUUGCAGCGCUGCAAUAGUCAUGGGAGUGCAACUUUACAGAGAAGCACAAGUAUCAGCCUGCCACAAAACGUACUGUCAUUAAAUAAUGUCUUCACUAUCACCAGCUUCAACACAUCGCCAGUUCCCAGACCUUCCUCCGCGAGCAGUGGCUUUGUGGACAGUAGCGAGGGAAGCACAAGUUCAAGUACCCGUUGGAAUUCGGGAGGGCCUUGCGACUUUAACCCAAGGCGUCGCCUCUCGCUCUCACAGGAGCAUAUCACCGAGACGGGAAACCUCUUGCCUUCGGCAAACAGCACUCCCACCUCCACACCCGAGCUCAGCCGGCGUCAGGGCUUGCUGAGAUGUCGCUCCCAGCCUUGUGUCCUGAAUGAAAAGAAAAGCCGACUAAAGCGCAGACGAGAGGAGGAUGUACGGUGGAAUCGCCCGUCGUUAGACUUUUUUAAAAUGACACGGACUUUAAAAAAUUCAAAGAGUCUUUGCUCUCUUGAUUAUGAAGAUGAUGAUGAUGAUGAUGAUGAUGACACGCAAAUGAAGACAAUAGUGUCAUCCCCAUGUGACUCAAAUGACCUUAUGAACAUCAUCACCCCUGGUUCCAGUCCAAUGAAAGAGAAGCUGGAUGAAGUAAGGCAUCAUGGGCCAUGCCAAGUUGGCUUCAACACAAGGGAUUAUAAGAAAGCAGCUGCGGUAUGUGAAAGUGAUGAGGACACGAGUGAUUGUGAGAGCACUGAAGAGGGGAUCUUUCCUCUGGACUGUGGGGACUUGGAUCUAGAGCAGAUUGAAAACAACUAAGACUCAAAAGUUGUGUGCUAGAAUCAGAGUUGUUCUAAAUUAAAAUGAUAGUGGAUUACACUUGCCAUGCAUAAUCCAUGUCCCUGAAUCUCUGUAUUGCCUAUCUCGGGCCUGUGUUAGAAGAAAUGUUUCAGGUGGGGGGAGAAUAAAAUUGAACCAUUGUUACCUGUUUAGUCUGUUGAUCAGUAUGUGGAUGACGACGACAACAACAACAACAAAGAGUAGGUAGUUAAAUGUAUUUUGAACAUUAAGGAGUAAUUUUGAUUAAAAAUUUCCUAAAAGAUAUUUUGCAUUUUUAUGGCUUUUACAGUUCUGGAGAAAGCAUCUCUAUUUUGAAAUGAAUUUUCAGAAGGGCACUCUAUAAAACAAUCUAUCUACAGUGAUUCUGGGGCAGGUGUAUGUUCCUUUUUGUUUUUAAAAAAAAAAAAAGAAAAAGAAAAAAGAAAAAAAAAGCUUGAGACAUGAAUUACAUAAUUAAAUUGGUAAUAAACCAUCAGGUGAUCUGAACUCUUAAAUAUCUGGUUGAGAAUUGGUCCAAAAUACUUAACUGCCUCCUUCUACAGUGUGUGGUUAUAAAACUUCAUAACGUGUAAAAAAACAAAAAAAAACAAAAAAAAAAUGGAUUUUUCAUACAUUCAAGCCUUUUUGAUCAAAAUGUAGUAGUGACCUUAAAGGUUAACAUUUUCCAUGAUUUUACUACUUGAAUUGUUUUCUAGCCUGAAGCAAUGCUAACUGAGGUGGGAUAAAACUGCAAGUAGCUGCCCACCUUCUUGGUCAUUAUGUUUUCUGUGGUUCAAAAGAAUGUACAACAAGAGCACUUGAACUUUUAGACAGGGACUUUGUAAUGAUCAAUUCCCCAGGAGGUGAUCCCUUCAGCAAUACUAGAAGGAAACUAGUCCUUGAAUUAAAUAAAGUGACAUUUUGCUUUGCA